CGGAUGACCGCAGGAGCCUUAGGGAGGACGUUAGGGACCCCAGAAGCUGGGAAAUGGAUUCAGUGGCUUUUCAGGAUGUAGCUGUGGACUUUACCCAAGAGGAAUGGGCUUUGCUAGAUCCUUCCCAGAAGAAUCUCUACAGGGAUGUAAUGCUGGAAACCUUCAGGAACCUGGCUUCUGUCGGAAACAAAUGGAAAGAUCAGAACAUUGAAGAUCAGUACAAAAAUUAUGGGAGAAAUUUGAGAAGUUAUGUGGUAGAGAGACUCUGUGAAAGUGAAGAAGGUGGUCAGGCUUUAAAUAUUAAUCAGAGCAAGAAAAUUCCUGCUGGAGUAAAACCAUGUAAAUGCAGUGUGUGUGGAAAAGUUUUCCUGUGUCAUUCAUCCCUUAAGGGGCACCUGAAAUCUCACUCCAGAUACAAGGCACUUGAGUGUGAGGAAUAUGGAGAGAAGCCACAUAAAUGUGAACAGUGUGGGAAAACCUUCAUUUCUCUCAGAAGUGUUGGAAGACAUAUGGUGACCCAUAGGAUAAAAGGCUCUUAUACUUGUGAGUUGUGUUUGAAAGUCUUUGAUUCCCCCAGUUCAUUUCAGAUACAUCAACAAACUCACACUGGAGACAAACCCUAUGAAUGCAAACAAUGUGGUAAAGCCUUCAGACAUCAUAGCUACCUUCAAGAACAUGAAAGAAUUCAUACUGAAGAAAAACCCUAUGAGUGUAAACAGUGUGGUAAAGUGCUCAGUUGUUCUAGUUCCCUUCAAUAUCAUGAAAGAACUCACACUGGAGAAAAACCCUAUGAAUGUAAGCACUGUGGUAAAACUCUUCGUUGUUCUAGUGCUCUUCGAUAUCACGAAAGAAUACAUACUGGAGAAAACCCCUAUGAAUGUAAACAAUGUGGUAAAGCUUUCACUAUUUCCAAUUCCCUUCGAUAUCAUGAAAGAAUUCAUACUGGAGAAAACCCCUACGAAUGCAAACAGUGUGGUAAAGCAUUCAGAUUUCCCAGUUCCCUUAAAAUGCAUGAAAGAACUCAUACUGUAUGUAAACCCUAUAAAUGUAAACAAUGUGGUAAAGCCUUCCGAUGUCACAACUACCUUCAAGAACAUGAAAGAAUUCAUACUGAAGGAAAACCCUAUGAAUGUAAACAGUGUGGUAAAGUUCUCAGUUGUUCUAGUUCCCUUCAAUAUCAUGAAAGAGCUCAUACUGGAGAAAAAUCCUAUGAAUGUAAACAAUGUGGGAAAGCUUUCAGUAGUUCCAGUUCCCUUCGAUAUCAUGAAAGAAAUCACCCUGGAGAAAGACGCUAUGAAUGUAAACAAUGUGGUAAAGCUCUCAGUAGUUCCAAUUCCCUUCGUUGCCAUGAAAGAAUUCAUACUGGAGAAACACCCUGUGAAUGUAAACUGUGUGGCAAAGCCUUCAGAUUUCACAGUUCCCUUCAAAGUCAUGCAAAAACCCAUACUCGAGAAAAAAUGUAAAUGUGGUUAAAGCUGUCAGACUUUAAUUCCCUUCAAAUGCAUGAACAACUCAAUGGAGGAAAAUACCAUAGCUAUAAAAAACUGGUGAAGACUUCAGUUUUUCCAGUUAUUUUUGAAAACUGGAGGAAAGCCCUAUGAAUGUAAGAAAUGUGUUAAGUUGUCAUUUGUUUCGGGUCCAUUUGAAGACAUGAAAAAAACUUAUUUUGGAGAAAAUUCCUAUAAAUGU